AUGACCGAUCUGGCGCGAAUCCUGCCAGACUUCCCAGUCGGCCGAUACGCGAACCUCCUGCCCACCAUAGAGAAGUACCAGCUGAGCACCAGCGACCUCCUCACACUUCAAGUCGCCGACAUCGGUAAGCGUACCCAGCUACCACUACUCGACGUCAAGCGCCUCUGCGCCGCUGUGCUCAAUGCUCUCCAUAAGGAUCUGGGUACUUCAGAUCCACCAGAGCAGCGGCGGGAAGAUGAGCCGCACACUAUAGGCAGUGACUCUAGAGUCGAAGUUUGCGGCAAUUGUAAGCAGACCGGCACUGAGCUCCUUGCCACGCCCCUUCGCUUCAUCAGCACUCUAGACGAUAGUCUCGACCGCGCCCUUGGCGGCGGCGUUCCAGCUGGCUACGUCACUGAGAUCACGGGCGAAAGCGGCGCCGGCAAGACCCAAUUCCUGCUUACCCUCCUUCUCGCGUGCCAGCUUCCGCCGCCCCGGGGGUUCGGGCGUCCCGCACUCUACAUCUCGACAGAGGCGCCACUCUCGACGCGCCGGCUAUCCCAGAUCCUAGCGCAUCACCCCUAUCUUCGGGGCCUCUCCUCCGCGUCUUCCUCCGCCAACGCGGGCAAACCCUCUUUAGAUGGCAUAGUCGCGACCGUGACCCCGGACCUCGAGUCCCAGGAUCACAUACUCAACUACCAGGUCCCCGUCGAGGUCGCGCGUCGAGGGAUUGGGCUCCUGGUCCUGGACUCCGUCGCCGCCAACUAUCGCGCCGAGUUCGAACGCGGCGCCGCCUCGUCUAAGAACAACAUGGCCGCCCGCAGCCACGAGCUCGCACGUCUCGGCCAGUUGCUGCACGAGCUCGCCCAGAAGCACGGCCUUGCCGUCGUCGUCGCCAACCAGGUCGCCGACCGCUUCGCUAGCUUCGCCCCUAAGAGCGGCGUCGGCAGCGGCGGCGCCUAUGCGCCGUUUCCGUCCCCGCGCGUGUCACAGGACAGUCCGCUCGCGGCGCGAAGCAAGGGCGGGCCCGUGCCGCCCCCAUUCUCUGCUACCAACCCGCUGAGUGGCAGCACGGCCGAGCAGCUAGAAAUUCCCGUGCGCUCCAGCAUGCCGGAGCCACCACCUGAAGAUCCCCCGGCGCCCCCGGCGCUGCUUCUCGACCACCAGCAGCGAUGGUUCACGGGGUGGGGCGACGACUUCAGCCACGAGCACAACCUCAAGACGCCGAGUCUCGGACUCGUGUGGUCGACGCAGAUCGCGGCGCGCGUCGUCCUGUUCCGGCGGCCGGUGUACGGACGCAAAGACGUAGUCGCGGACGAGGACGGCGGAAGCACCACGACGCUGAAGACCUGGCGUCGCUGGGUGAAGGUUGUGUUUGCGCCGCACGUCGCCGGCACGGGCCCGGGCAUCGACGGCGCCGUCGAGUUCGAGGUCACGAUGGGCGGGCUGAGGGCCGCGGGCGGGCCGGCAGGAGAGAAGAAGGAGCAGGGCGAAAGAGAAGAAGAGAAGGCAGCGCAGACGGACGCUCAGGAUACUUAG